CCUCUAUGUGGGCUGAUUGGGCCUCUGUGUACCUGAAAUGCCAGGGCCUAUUUUAAUUCUCAGUCCGGACCUGCUAGCAGCCAAUGAUGUAUCAAAUGGGUAUGGAGUAUUGACUAAUAAAAGCAAGCAAAGACAUGUUAGCUCACAAAAGGACAUUGCAGGCUUGGACUGGCAAUCUGUGGUUUCUGGAAAUGCCAGGGGGGAUACUGUAAGAUACCAUAGACAUUUACUAUUCCUUGUGCCUCUAGGCCUUGCUGGGCUAACGCAUUGAGACAAAGUAAGGAGUGCAUUGUUACUGGUUGCAAAUUAUUACUUAUAGUGGUACACUGAGAUACAAAAUUGCAACCAUGGUUAUAAAAUGAUGGCAAGUUAAAAUUUAAAGCUAUGUCAAAAUGAUGGAUAUUGUGUUGGUGCAGUAUACCUCUCUAUGUGACUUGUAAGAUUGAAUGGAGUUUAAAAUCCUAUGGGACUAGAAGAAUUCAGUGGCCAGACCCCUCCUCCUCCAGUAACAUUCCUGCUACUGCCUCACCUUCCUAUCUGACACAUGAGAAAUCCGUGACUCUCCCUCAGUCCCUUGCAGAAUUUUACAGGACAACUUAAAACCAGAAAGGAUGAACGGGAAACAAGUCCUAUUUCUUAGCUGUGCUGCAGCAAUUGUGUUACUGGCAGUUUUACAUGAAGGCGAAAGUGCUGCAGUUAGAACCAAAGAUGAUCGUGCCCCAGACCCGAAAGAAAGUUUGAAGAGUAAGAUUUUUAUGCAAGGAUCAGAGGCUUCCAAUUUUUUCAAGAAGCGUGGCAAGAGAUCAACCAAGUCUCAAGAUGAAAUAAAUGCUGAGAAUCGUCAAAGACUGUCAGCAGAUGAACGUAGAAGAGAGUACUACGAAGAGCAAAGAAAUGAAUUUGAGAACUAUGUAGAGGAACAGCAAGAUGAGCAAGAAGAGCGGAGCCGUGAGCAGAUUGAACAGUGGCGCCAGUGGCAUUACGACGGCCUGUCUCCUUCCUACCUUUAUCAGAGACAGAACAUUUAACUUCCAUCAAGCAAAAACAUUUUUUAACACUUUUUUUUUAAUCGAACAAAAAACUGUCAUCGAGUAAGACUGAAAGCCAAGUGGAACAUCUAAGGCUCAGUGUACUAUUAUAGUUAAUGUUAUAGUUCUUAUGCUUUGCUGUAUUUCAUCCAUGGUCAGUAAAUGAUAAAGAACUCGCUCAUAUUAUUAUGUUGGAAAAAUGAUUGCCUUUUUUCUUUACUUUGCAAAAGAAAAUGCUAUUUAGAGUAUAAAAGUAAUAUUUAGAAGUAUCCAGCACUAUUACUGGUUUCUCUGAAAUGUCACAUUUUUCUGAGAAAUUCUUUCUCAGACAUUAAAGGUAAAUGUUUUGCAUGUCAUAUUAAAUUUUGCACUAUA